AAAAAGGUCUCCUUUUUCAUUUCCAAUCAGCAUAUAAAAAAUAAAAAUACAAUAAGUGAGAGAGAGAUCAUAAUAGAGAGAGAGAGGGAGAGAGAGAUGGCAGAAGGCGAACCUCUGCAACUAGUUUGCGUCCCAUGGCCGGUGAUGGGCCACGUGCAGAUCGUCGAGCUCGCCAAGCUCAUCCUCCGCCGUCAAAAUCUUCUCCCUCGUGGUAAAACUCUGUCAAUCACUGUGCUCCUAAUGAAGAUUCCCGAUUCAAUCGACACCGUAAGCGGGUCCUACGCCGACCUACUCAGCUCCUCCCCUUCCUCCACUCCAGGCCUCCAUUUCUUCCAGCUACCUCAAACCGACCCGACUCCCGAGUGGAGCUCCAAAACCCGCGGAUACUUCAUCCACAGCCUCGUCCUCAGCCAAAAGUCAAAUAUCUCCGACUUCCUCAAAGCCCACAGGUCAAACAUCGCUGGCCUAUUGGUCGACAUGCUGUGCACCUCCAUGAUCCGCGUCGCGGAGGAUUUCGGCCUCCCCGCCUACGUGUUCUUCACCUCGCCCGCCAGCUUCCUCGGAGCAAUGCUCCACUGCCAGACGCUGCACGACGAGCAGAAUCAAGACGUGCCCGGUUUAAAAAAUUUGAAAACGGGUAUACGAAUCCCGAGCUUCGAAAAGCCCGUCCCGCCGGAGGUCAUGUCGCUCGUCCUUGUAGACGAGCGGCAGUGGCUCGACCGCUUCCUCCACUACGCCCGAGACUACAGGAGAGCCAAGGGCAUACUCGUAAAUACGUUCACCGAUCUGGAGACUGACGCAAUUGCCUCGUUUUCAUUAGGUUCGGCUUAUGGGAAUCGACCUGUCCCUCCGGUGUACCCGGUUGGCCCGAUUUUGAACCGCGGGCCGUGUCUCAAUCGGCCCGCAGCGCUCGGUUGGCUCGACGAGCAGCCUCCCGGUUCUGUGUUGUUCGUUUGCUUCGGGAGUCAGGGGAGCUUGGAUGAGGAGCAGGUUCGGGAGCUGGCCGUUGGGCUCGAGAGGAGCGGGACACGGUUCUUGUGGGCCCUACGGCGCCGUUCGUCCGGAAGCGCGGGUUUCCCGAGCGAGUACGCGGAUUAUGAGGGGGUCCUUCCGGAAGGUUUUCUUGGCCGGACGGGGAGCAAGGGGAGGGUGGUGGGUUGGGUCCCACAGCUGGAGGUGCUCGAGAACCGAGCUGUCGGGGGGUUCGUGUGCCACUGUGGAUGGAAUUCGGUGCUGGAGAGUUUGUGGUGUGGGGUCCCUAUGGCGACGUGGCCGCUGCACGCGGAGCAGCAAAUGAAUGCGUUCCAGCUGGCGAGGGAGUUGGGGCUGGCGGUGGAGAUUAGCCUGAGGUACCGGGAGAGGGGUGGUGAGGAUGGGCGGCUGGUGGCGGCUGAAGAGAUCGAGAAUGGGAUAAGGGCAGUUAUGGAGAGAGGGAGUGAGGUGAGGAGAAGAGUGGUGGAGAUGAGGGAGAGGGCUCGGGCGAGUGUUUCGGAAGGUGGGCCCUCGUGGGUGUGUCUCCACAGGUUCGUUAAGGAGUGUCUGACGACGGGCGAUGAGUUGGAGUGAUGCUGGAGAAAAUUCGAGUUUUUUAUAUGGAUUAAAGAUUAAACAGAAAGAUUUGGUAUUUGUGGUGUGAUUUUUGUAAUGGCAAAAUGGAUUGAAGUCCAGAGCUUGGUGUAUAAUGUGUGUUAUGCUUUUGAUUGAUUGAGCAUAUGUAAUGGAGGGAUGGUUAUACUUAUACAGAAUGCGCUUCUGGUGGUGUUUGUUCCAAUGUAUAAAAGAGUAACUUUUUUUUCUUUUUUUUUUAANCACAAACAAGUUUUCCACACAUCAUAUAUCAACAACUUCCAAUCAUAUCAAGA